ACGAGGACUGGUGGGUAUUGUGUUAACGUUUGUCAGGAUGGGUCUUUUGCAAUAUGUGUUAGUGCUGGUUGUGCUUGUGGUGUUUGAUCUGAAGAAUGCUUUUGGAAGUUUGAGAUCCAGUCAAAGUCCAAAAAGCAAGAAGCAUCAAUCAUAUCCAGCUUCCAGAGUGCCUGUUUCUUCUCAAGUGCUCGGAAACACUUUGCAGAAGGCUUCUCUGUCUCAGAGUCUUGACUACAGAGGAUUUGCACAAGAGCCUCUUGGUCUUCAGGAGAAGCAGGUGUUGCAGGGUCCAGUGAAGCCUUUGGACUGGAGGUUUCCCACUGUUCCAGAAGUGCCGAGUGAGAUGGCGGUGGACUUCCAUUUGAGGCAACCUGUGACUCCCAGUAGUGUAGCUAUUCAAUGCGGUGAGAACCGGGUUCAUGUGGAGGUACAGCAGGACUUGUUUAGCAAUGGUGAACUGAUCCAGCCAUCUGGUCUGACUUUGGGAGGAUGUCCUGUUGUCGGUUUGGUCCCAGGCUCCAAGGUGCUCUUCUUUGACAAUGAACUGCAGGACUGCAAUAGUGUGUUGAUGAUGACUAAGGAUGAGCUUGUCUACACCUUUACCCUUACCUACACUCCUGAGGCGUUUGCUGGCACUCCGAUUACCCGUGCAGGUGGUGCAGUUAUUGGUGUUCAAUGCCAUUAUCAAAGGUUUCAAAAUGUCAGCGGUAAUGCCUUGAAGCCAACUUGGGUCCCUUAUGCCUCAACGGAGGCUGGUGAAGAAGUCUUGCUGUUCUCCCUGAAGCUUUGGUUCUUCCCUCUUGCAGAUGACUGGUCCUUUGAGAGGCCUUCAAACUCUUACUUCCUGGGUGACGUUAUUAAUGUUGAGGCAUCUGUGAAGGUAUACAACCACGUCCCUCUGCGUGUGUUUGUGGACAGCUGUGUGGCCACCCAAGUACCUGAUGUGAACGCCCUUCCGAGAUAUUUGUUCAUUGAGAAUCAUGGAUGUCUUGUGGAUGCCAAGGUCACAGCUUCCAGCUCGCGCUUCAUGCCUCGAUCCCAGGAGGACAAAAUCCGGUUCCAGCUGGAGGCCUUCAUGUUCCAGGGGGGAUCCAGUCCUUCUAUCUACAUGACGUGUGUUCUGAAGGCCACUCUUGCUUCUGCACCUAGUGACGCGCUCCACAAAUCCUGUUCCUUUGCCAAUGGGUGGCUUGCUGCUGAUGGGAACCACCAGGUUUGUGGUUGCUGUGACUCCACAUGUGGUCCUGAUGGUGGAACUGCUGCUUCUCCUUUUGGAGGCCUUCAGUGGGAAGGGAAGGCCUCGCUCGGUCCUGUAGUGGUUCAAGAGCACAAGAAGACUUUGGCUGGUCUUCAAUAAAUGUGGGGGAGCAAACUUA